GUGUGUGUGAGUGAGAAUGAGCAGGACAGGUUAUGUUAGCGCUCAGAGAACAGCAUCUCCAGGAUUCAGCUGUGUUUCUAUGAAGAGUAACAACUCCAUGAAUCUACCUCCUGGUCUCAGUGAUGUUGAUGCUCAGAGAACAGCAUCUCCAGGAUUUAGCUGCGUGUCCUUGAAGAGUAACAACUCCAUGAUUCUACCUCCUGGUCUCAGUGAUGUUGAUGCUCAGAGAACAGCAUCUCCAGGAUUUAGCUGCGUGUCCUUGAAGAUGAGUCUGCCUCGUGAAUUCAGUGAUGGACCUGCUGCUACCUUUGACUCUGUUGCUACCAGCAGAAAGAGAAAGAGAGCAGCCUCUCCACAGCAGCCCCUGAUCUCAGUCAUAAAUCAGCGCACCUUGAUCCUGUCCUUAUUCCAAAAUGGAUUAAAUUAAUUUAUUUCCUGCUGUUCACACAAUACGAGCAUAGCUUGGUCUGAGCAGUGUUACCUACAUUAGUGUCAGGCUGCAGAACUGUGGUACAAGAAGGCACAUCAUUAAACAUACUAGGAACAUCAGUAAUCAUGAAUUACACCUGAUCUUCCGCUAAAGCACGCUGUACAGACUUAUGAUCAAACUGACAUUUAAUGUUUUUCUGUGCAGAGGCCAAUGAAUUUCUCACAUUAGAGCAAAUUUUAUGCAGAUGCUUGCGUAAUUUACUGGCAUAAUUUAACACGUUGAUUUUGCAAAUAGAAGCAAGUGCUAGCAUAUUUGCUUUAAGCACUUUUACUGGGCUUCUGACAGUGUGACCAAACAUUACAUCAGCGUGAUUAAAACAUUGAAACAUUGCCUUUAACAUCUGAUGAAAAACAUUAAAGAACACCUUGGCUUUUGAUAGGAUAUGCGCUACCGAUCCGGGUGAGAAAUAUUCCAAGUUGCCAAAAGAGUUUUGAAAGGAAAUGUGUGUCUUUGUCUAAUUUGCAUGAUUUUAAGAAAAUCUAAAGUAGAGAAGAACUUCACAAUAGCUUUGACGACAACUGGUGCCGUGACAACUAGAAUCACCUCUGGAAACCGUGUAGCAACACAUUACUGGCAACAAAAACUGGUUACCACAUUUUGUUUUGACUUGAACUUGAAUUGGGUGGAGUUUUCAUUAUUUUUUUCAUUUUGAGCUGGCAAAGUAUCUUUAACAAAUAUAAGCACCAUGAAGGAUGUAAAAAAAUCAUCAGUGUCUAUUUUUUGAGCUUGAGCCUGAGUGACAUCACAAGCAGGAAAAGUUUCAGGAUAUAUUUCUGACAAUUCAUCAGUGUGAUCUGAUAAAACAGGUUUGUCAAACACUUCCAACAUGUAAAAAACCUUCCCACCAGCCAAAUCAUGACCUAGGAUAA